AUGAAUGGCCUGGUCUUACCCAAUGGAGAAUCCCUCCCAACAACAGUGGACGGAGUAACCUCUGCUUGGUGCUCCAAAAUUCUCAACGCGCCAGUGGAAAAGUCGACUAUUAUCAGCGUUCGUCAUGGCUCAUCCUCCACACUGGUCGUCAAUCUGGAAUAUGCCCCUGCCGCCAAUAAGACAAGUCUCCCUCAGCGUAUUUUCUUUAAGGGAGGCUUCAAUCCAGAACUUAUUGCCAUCGCACCAUCCCUCUUGGAUACAUACCGUCGCGAGGCUGAAUUCUAUCACUACAUCUCGCCAAAAUUGAUAUCAUCUGGCAUGAACCUCCCGAAGACAUGGUACUCGGGAAUUGACAGUUCAAGCGGGCAAGGAAUUGUCGUCCUUGAGGACCUGACAACACAGGGUUGCUCAUUUGGCACGCCUAGUGAGCCCUGGCCCGUGGACCGAGUCAUACGCGGUGUCGAGCAGCUUGCUAUUUUGCAUGCUAAGACUUGGAACUGUACCCAGGAUCCAGAAUACAAGUGGAUGAACACCAACAACGGAGGCUUACGCGGUAUCAUCCUCGAGUUGACAAAACCUGGACCUUUCAACGCCGUAGUGGCCAAAAACCUCGAGAUUCUCGGCCCCGAUUUCGAUAAAACAAUCCUGCUGGAUAGCAGCCGCAUCGUCACUGCUUUCGAGAAAUUAUGGGAGUCUGAUACAUCGGGAGAGCUUGACUGUUUCAUACACGGGGACCCUCAUAUCGACAACACGUAUAUGACAGCUUCUGGCGAGCCGGGCUUCCUCGACUGGCAGGCUGCUUCUACCGGCAACUGCUUCCACGAUGUGUCUUAUUUCGUCACAAGCGCUCUGGCCGUGGAAGACAGGAGAGCUAGUGAGGAACGAAUUGUUAGGCGCUAUCUGGAAACGCUGAAAAGUCUCGGGGCGCGGCAAAUUGAUUGGGCUACAGGCUGGCAAGAAUACAAGAAGCACUUGUUUCACGGGUAUGUUCUAGCGCUGACCCAGCCCGGUAUGCAGUCCCAAGAGAAUAUUUGGGAUUUGGUAGGGCGUUUCAUCCCUGCGAUUGUGGACCAUUCUGUAAUUGAGCUUUUAGAACAGUUAUAG